GAUAACGGAGGUGGGUAUAAAAAAAAUUCGAUCGCGACGGAAUAUAACUUUCUUACUUACAUUUUUUAUAUGGCCAAUCGAGCAAUGGAUGUCUCCCAUUCGCGGUGACGAUCAAAAAGAAGUGAGGAAAGAGAAAGAUAUUAUAUAUAAAAAUAGGGAAGUGAUGGCUGCAGCCUAGUGGAUGUGAGCCCAAUCGGAGUAUUGCUGCCACAUUUUUGUUAAAGACAAUGACAAGAUUAAAUGAAAAAGAAAGAAAAAAAAGAAAUGUGGCAUAAAUCAUAUUUCAAUUCGAUCACAGAUGAAUUAACGUUUAAAUGGAAGUGAGGAAUUCGACAGCAACCGCAAUAAAAACAAUACGACAAUGACAGCUUUAGAAAUGUUAACGAGAUUGGAAAAGCCAUCAAUAGCCCACCAACCCAUAGAAAAGGUUUUAAUCACCAAUUUCAAAGUGGCAUUGCACUCAGCUACCAACAAUACUGUGAAACUGUUAACGCGAAGAAAAAUAGAGAACAAUCAGAAAAAGGCAAGUGAAUGGAAUAAUUUAGCCACAAACACCAUCGACACCAGUACAGUACAGUGGAAUAGCUUUGAAAGCGAUGACACGUCAUUCACAUUUAAUAAUCAGACAAAUGAGAUAAUCGAGAAAAAUUUGGCAGCUACAAUAUCAUCGAUACGCAACAAUGUAACACGUGUUCUGUACAUGUAUUUUAAUAAUGUUAGCGAUGCGGAGGGUUACGGGGCAGCCUAUACUAUAGCAACACCGACAAUGGAAGAGCUGCAGCACCAUUACCACCAUCAGCCGCACCAACAGCAGCAGCAGCAUCAACAGCAGCAACAACAACAACGGCAAGAGCAGCCGCCAUCAUCAACAAUAGCAACAAAGACCUCAUUAUUGUCAACAACAUUUUUACCGGUGACAGGCUUAGAGACGACCGCUACACUCAACACAAAUGAUACCAUCAUAAAACAGUCGUCGACAUCAACAUCAACAUCAACAUCAACAUCGACAAUAGCAUCAGAAACACUAUCGACAACUCUUUCACCUUUGUUAUCGCCAAACAAUGCAACCGCUACCCAUUAUUUAAAUAUACCAACGGCGACGCCUAGUAUAACAUAUCCGAGCUAUAAAAUUGAAAUAAGAAGCUACGAAAAUUGUUCAGCUCUCUUUGCCAACUACACUCAACCGCAGCCAGGAGCCUUUUGUAACUGGGCUUGGGAUCGGUUUUUAUGUUGGCCACCAACACCGGCCGGUGUCCUGGCACGCAUGCAUUGUCCCUCUGGCUGGCAUGGCAUAGAUACAAGAAAAUUUGCGAACCGUAAAUGCGAACUAAAUGGUCAGUGGGGUAGUCGACCUAAUGAUACCUACAAUCCUAAUGGUUGGACUGAUUAUCAACCCUGUUAUAAACCAGAAGUUAACGAACUUAUGCAACAAGUACCAAAUCUUGAUUUAUUUUUGGAAAUUGCACGCCGUACACGUACCUUGGAAAUAGUUGGUCUUAUUCUGUCCCUGGUGGCUUUAAUUAUAUCACUUAUCAUUUUUUGUAAUUUUCGCUCAUUGCGCAACAAUCGUACAAAAAUCCAUAAAAAUCUAUUCAUUGCUAUGGUUUUACAAGUUAUUAUAAGAUUGACAUUGUAUCUGGAUCAAGCAUUUCAUCGUGGCAAACAAGAAACAGCUACUAAUACAAGUGUCACAGGAAUUGAAAACACUCCCUAUUUAUGUGAAGCAUCUUACGUUUUAUUGGAAUAUGCUCGCACCGCUAUGUUUAUGUGGAUGUUUAUUGAAGGCUGGUAUUUACAUAACAUGGUUACAGUAACGGUUUUUCAAGGACGCUUUCCUCAUACCAUUUUCACAUUAGUUGGUUGGGGUAUGCCUGUGCUAAUGACAACGGUAUGGGCGAUUUGCACGGCCAUCUAUCACGAUAGUGUACACGAUUGUUGGUGGAAUUAUAAUUUGACACCGUACUAUUGGAUAUUAGAGGGACCGAGACUAAUUGUUAUAUUGUUAAAUUUUACUUUUCUUAUUAACAUCAUACGUGUCCUUGUGGUUAAACUGCGUCAAAGUCAAGCUAGUGAUAUUGAGCAGACGCGUAAAGCGGUCAGAGCGGCCAUAGUCCUGCUGCCGUUGCUUGGCAUUACAAAUGUGUUGCAAUUAGUUCCCGAUUUACAUACACCCUGGAAAUUUGCUUUAUGGUCCUAUGUAACACACUUUUUAACCUCAUUUCAAGGCUUUUUUAUAGCUUUGAUAUAUUGUUUCCUAAACGGAGAGGUAAGAGCUGUACUGCUGAAAAGUCUAGCUGUGUAUAUGUCAGUACGCGGCCAUCCUGAAUGGGUUCCGAAACGGGCGUCCAUGUAUUCAGCUGCCUAUAAUACCGCGCCUGAUACUGAAGCUCAAGCUAAUCAUUUAGAUAAUAAAAGAAAUGACUCACCGCCGAUCAAUAAAUCACGGUCAGGGAACGGCCGUAAGGCAAGCACCACCACAGUUAUACAUCAUGGUAACAAUGUAAAUCCUAAAACACACUUAACCAGUCGUCUGUCGGUUGGCAGUGUAUACCGCCAUCGUCAGGGCAGCGUGCAGAGUAACAACAAUACAAGCUCGAUUGCGAGCAACGCGCCGCAACAACAGCAACAGCAACAACGCCAUGGCCGUCAUAAUUGGAUGUUUAUGUUGUGCUUUCGCGGCCAUAAGAACAAAUGUGUGAUGCCUAGUAAUGAAAGCCAAUUGCCUCCGCAGAUAUUUAUGACAACUAAAACGGAAACGUUAACCUAAAACCUAUUUUCUUCGAAAUGUAGGCCUCUUUACAACAGCUAUAAAAAAGGAAUUAGAAGAAGAGACAAAAAGCGAAAGAGAGAUAGAGAAAAGAAAAAAAGAGAA